AUGGAGGGCGCAGAGGAUAAAGAGAAUGUCAGCCCUCUAGACAAAGAAAUUACCUCUCUCAAAAAACAAGCCGCAAACCUCCGCAAAACGCUCAAAAUUGAAUGUUCCACCAUCAUCUCCAACCCUUCCAUCCGCGACGUCCUCCUCUCCUCCCUCAGCCCCAGCAAGCAAAAGCAAUCGCCAACCACGCUGCGACCCCGAAAGCCCAAACGGACACCAUCCAACCGCGACCGCGACGAGCAGCGCCUUCUCACCCGCUCUAAGCAGCAAGAGGCCUACGACCAGCAAUGCCUCUACCGCAUCGCCGCCUCCGUCACGGCGUUCAAGGUGCGCGACCCGGAUCCGCACGCCGUGGACGGGGGCCACGUGCUGGGCCUGCGCUUCGAGGCCAUGACACGCGGCCAGUUCUUGCAGCCGUACUAUGUGAUGCUGAACCGGCCGUAUGCGGACCAUCGCCAGUUUUUGCGCGUGCACCGACAUACUGUGCCGCCGGCAAUUCCUCUGUCGGGGCUGGCGGCGCGGUAUCUGCCCGGACCGAAAAAGCAGCAGCAGCAGGAAGAGCAAGAGGAGCAGCAAGCCGAAGGAGACAGCAACUCUCCAUCACCCCUUUCGUACCAUCUCAAGCAAGACCUCGAACGAUUCGUCAAAUCACUCCGACGAGAAAUCAUGCGCUACCACAACAGACUCGGCGUCUCAGCAGACCUGCGGCGUAGCCUAGGCGCACACAGCAACAAAGACAGUAACAAGACGGCAACACAAAAUAACGCCAUCAUCGACGUCAGCAUCGCCGACACGGAAGCGAAGCAGAUCCGCCUGACGUGGGCCGACGAGCGCAACGGCCGCUUGGUCAUGGACGACGACGGCAAAGUGGUCAAGUUUGUGGUUUUCGGCGCCACCGACGGUAGGGACUGGGAGACGACGAGGCAGCUCGGGGACAGCCAGGGGCGGGUCGAGGAUGUUGCCAAGAUGUUGGAAGAGUAUGCGUCGGGGACAGUGUGA